UUCACUCUGCCGCAACAUAUAAGCAUUAUUGUUCCACAUUCAAAAACACAAUAAGACAUGAAUCUUUCUACUUCUUCUUCUUGCCUUUUCUCCUUUGAAACUCUCUCCUUCUUCUUCUCCUCUCUAUAUUCCUCUAAAAGCACACCCCCCCCCCCCCCCCCCCCCCCCCCCCCCUUCCAUUUGAGUUAACUUUGUCUAAAAGAGGGAUAUCUGUUUGAAUAUUAUUAACAUUCCCUUUUGGUGCUUUGGUUUAAGGCUGUGCUUUUAUCACAGCCUUUAUCAUAUUUGUGCAAUAUGAAGGUCUCUGGCUUCUGGGUAAUGUUUUUAUAGUUUGGGCAGCUUUGAUGUUCCUUGGCUUCUCUAACUGCAAAACUGGCUCUAGUGUUCAUGAUGUGGGGUACCACCAUGGUGAUGGCUCAACUGUGAUAUCAGUAAUAAGCAGAAAACUCAAGGAGACUAGUUAUGAACCAAAGACAAAGGAAACUAAAGAUAAGCCCACUAUGGAUCUGGAAGACUACCACCCUAUUGAUCCAGUUCCAAGCUCAAAGGCUUCUAUAAAACCUGGGCCAAUCGAGCAUGGGACUCCUAUAAUCCCAUAUAUACCAAAGCCUUCUCCUCCUAACCAUCCCAAGCGUGGUGGAUCUGGUUAACAAAUCCGGUGAAUACCCUGGCCACUUGGAAGAUUAAUGUUAUGCCACUGUGUUCGCUUGUACCUAUAUUUGUGUUGACCAGCUUGUAUAUUAUGCACUGGUGAUGACUAUAUAUAUUAUGCACUGGUGAUGACUAUAAACUUAUUCGUCUUUAUUAUAUUUAUGAAUGUUCUGUGAGUCCAAAUCUUUUAGCAAUAAUAGUAAUAAUAUUUGUCAGACA